AUGUGUAUAAGAGACAGGCCCAUUACAGGCCGCCCAUUGCAGGCCGCCCAUUACAGGCCGCCCUUUGCAGGCCGCCCAUUACAGGCCGUCCAUUACAGGCCGCCCAUUACAGGCCGCCCAUUACAGGCCGCCCAUUACAGGCCGCCCAUUACAGGCCACCCAUUACAGGCCGCCCAUUACAGGCCGCCACACCAGAAGUGGCCCAUUCCGCGCCAGCGGUCGAGCCAUUCCAGAGACCUCCACACGCUCAUGUCCGCUGCCCCCACUCCCUACCCGCCCCUCACCCACUCCCACAGUCCCUCUACUACUCCCACAGUCCCUCUACUACUCCCACAGUCCCUCCUCAACUCCCACAGUCUCUCCACUUCUCCCGCAGUCCCUCUUCAACUCCCACAGUCCCCCCAUUACUGCCUUAGUCCCUCCACUACUCCCAAAGUCCCUCCACCACUCCCACAGUCCCUCUUCAACUCCCACAGUCUCUUCACUUCUCCCGCAGUCCCACUUCAACUCCCACAGUCUCCCCACUUCUCCCGCAGUCCCUCUUCAACUCCCACAGUCUCUCCACAACUCCCACAGUCCCUCCAUUACUCAAACAGUCCCUCAUCAACUCCCACAGUCCCUCCGCUACUCCCUUAG